AUGAGGUCCAUUUUGAUCCUCUCCCUCCUCAGCUGCUUCUUUGCAGCUUAUGAGGCCAAAAUCUUCUCCAAGUGUGAGCUGGCCCAUGUGCUGAAAGCCGCGGGAAUGGAUGGCUACUACGGCUACAGCCUGGAAGACUUCCAGGUCUCCAGAACAAUAGAAUUUAUGGAUGAUAACAUCAGUGAUGACAUCUCCUGUGCCAAGAGGGUUGUGAAAGAUCCUAAUGGGAUGUCUGCCUGGGUGGCCUGGGUAAAACACUGCAAAGGCAAGGAUUUGUCCACAUACCUGGCCAGCUGUAAGCUGUGA